AUGUCGACCGACAAAGCGCACGAUGCCCCGCCAAAUCCAGAACCCAUCAGCCUUUCAACACUUCCCCUGCCACCAGUUGCACCAAGCAAUGACACCGGUGCUUGCACGCCAAAAGUGAAUCGAAAUGGCACUGGAUGCAUGACUCUUGCCUCGAACGCGGACUUCCAAACGGGUGGCUUCUUACCUGAUGGAAAGCACGUUUUGGUCCACGUCACCUUUACAGGCGCUCCGUCAUCUCCGGACCCUUCUAGCGUUUACAAUGGCAGUCAGAUCAUCGUCAUCAAGACCGAUGGCAAGGUAUUCCCGAGUGGAAGUCCAUGGAAGUGUCUCACUUGUGGACUGGGUGAGAAAAACACAAGAGGAAUGAACCCGACAUAUAGCUACCCCCAGGCAUUUGGCGACGGAAAGAGACUUCUAUAUGGCACCAAUAUACUCGACUGUGGAGAUGCUGAACUGGUUGAUGCGGCCUGCACACCCGAAAGCACUCAUGUUUAUCCCAUACGGUGGAAUCAAAGUCCUGAUGGGACAGGGGAAGGCGGCGCUAUUCGGGAACUGCGUUUGCACCCCGACGACGUCCAUCUUGGGUUCAAUGCUUUCACAACUAACGGUCAAAAGAUCGGUCAGUACGCGUACUUCGGAAGAUUGGAGUUCAACGCGGAACCAGUGGUGGGCAUACCACUUGUCCCACGUUACGAUCUCAUCAAAGUCACCCGACUCUUCAACCCAGAAGCGGACCAACCUAUUGCGAUGCGUGGUAAGCACAUCACCAUAAAUCGGAACGCCAUAACUGUAGGCGAGCUUCGUGGUUUCAGCGGCAGGGGAACUGAAGCUACGUACAUCGGCUAUCCGGCCGAGUCCUCCAACAUUGAUGUCUUCGCUGUUCACUUGCAGACCGGCAAAGUCCGGCGACUUACAAGCCACCCAGAAUACUGCGAUCCUAUUGCUAUCUCACCUGACGAUAAUUGGAUGGCGGUUUUGGAUACACGGGGAACAGACCGUCAAAUGUGGCUCUCUGGCAUGAGACAUAUUCCACCUAUUACCGACCUUGUCAGUGCAUCAAUUACAGCGUCGACAAGAAACAACGGACAGAGACGAUUCUUCAGGCCGUAUCUUUUGGAUAGGUAUGGUGAUCGUGGGGAAUACUUUGGGCAGAAGAUCAAUGGGGAAGGGAAGGUUGUUCCUGGUAGUGGCGACUAUAAUGACCCGGAGUGGAAUGCAAUGGCUGACCCGACAUGGUCUCCGGACGGCACCCAGAUUGCGUACGGGGAGGCUCAAACACUUCCACCUGCGUGCGGGGGGACAAACCCGCUUCCGUGCUAUCCGUCUAAGGAGCCAGGAGGUAGACGAGUGCGUGUAGUAUUGGCAACUCUUACUACUUGGGAGCCCCUCGAUCUUCCUCCAGUCGAUCCCGUCUCGGAUGAGGUACCAUGGGGCGUUGAAUACUCUCCAGGAGAAAUCGAUCCACAGCGUUCCGAGCCAGCACCUGGGAACUAUACUCUAAUGGGGCUCAGUUGUGGAUAUGCGGAUGUUGAGAUCGUGAGGGGAGAUGAUGCAUCUGUCAAUGAGAUCAGUGUAGUCUAUCAUGACUUCUCAGAUGAUGGAUCAACGUUUCUGUCAGGAUCAGAAACAGUUCGCGCCACGUUUCCAUCUCUGACGCUCAGUCAUGUCGAUUGGUAUUCUGACCUGACUCAAACUGGAAGCUCAAAGAAUACCAAGAAGACAAGCCCGGGUGGCUUUCACCUUACUAUUGACAUUUUGAAGAACAUAUUCCAGGCAAAUGGGACCAUGAAUACCACAAUUGAUGGUCAUCUCUAUACACAACCUGCGAACGGCACCUGA